AUGGGGUCUGUUUCCAACCAGCAGUUUGCAGGUGCGAAGCCGGGCGAGGAGCCGGCUGGAGACUCGCCCAAGCCCGAGAACGAAUCCCAGCCACUGCACGGCUCCGGCAUCUGUAAGUGGUUCAACGUCCGCAUGGGCUUCGGCUUCCUCUCCAUGACCGCCAAGGGCGGCGCGACCCUGGACUCUCCCGUCGAUGUCUUCGUGCACCAGAGCAAGCUCCACAUGGAGGGUUUCCGCAGCCUGAAGGAGGGCGAGGCUGUCGAGUUCACCUUCAAGAAGUCAUCCAAAGGUUUGGAGUCCAUCCGGGUGACCGGCCCGGGGGGCGUCUUCUGCAUCGGCAGCGAGAGGAGGCCCAAGGGCAAGAGCCUCCAGAAACGCAGAUCCAAAGGAGACCGAUGCUACAACUGCGGCGGGCUGGACCACCACGCCAAGGAGUGCAAGCUCCCACCACAGCCCAAGAAGUGCCACUUCUGCCAGAGCAUCAGCCACAUGGUCGCCAACUGCCCCGCGAAAGCACAGCAGUCCCCCAGCUCCCAGGGGAAACCUGCCUACUUCCGAGAGGAGGAGGACAUGCACAGCUCGGCCCUCCUCCCCGAGACCCGGGAAUGA